AUGGCCACGACGAAGUGCUUAUCGAAAAGCGCGGGGAAGAAAAUCGACAAGAAAAUAAAACGGUGCCAGUUGUUGAUUGAAAAGGAUGCCGGCGUUCAGUUUUCAGCGGAACCGACGGAGAACAUUGUCGUGUGCAACGCAGGACUGUCGACCGGUUUGCAGCAAGAGGCACUGCUCCAGGAGGUGUUGCUACAUGGCCACGUACAGAGAGUGCAGCUUCCGCCCGGGAAAUCGUAUUGUUUCUUGAAGUUGCAAUCCAAACAAGUGGCUGAAGCGGUGCACAGUGCCAUGAAUGGAAUCUGUCCCCUGGGACAAGACGGAGCGGUUUUACUGCUGUCGUUCUGUUGCGACAUGCCGCCCAGUUUCGACCGUGCCUGGUGUGCUGCGGCGCCCGAAGGAUUGAUUGUGGCGCGUGAUUUCGUCGAUCCCGCGCUGGAACGGGUGUUGCUGGCAGCCGUCAGUUCGUGCGAUGACCACGAGCCAACCGAGCAGCACGGAAGUGUGCUAAAAAAUCGUAAAGUAAAGCACUUUGGCUACGAGUUUCUUUAUGGCUCGAACAAUGUGGACCGAUCGAAGCCGCUGCGCCGUAACAUACCUUCCGUUUGUGGCGGACUGUGGGAACGGUUGCGUGAGCUCUAUCCCAGUCUGAACUGGCACGUUCCAGACCAGCUGACGGUGAACUGGUAUGAACCGGGGCAGGGUAUUCCGGCUCACGUUGACACACACAGUGCCUUCGAGGAUCCUAUACUGUCACUCUCGCUCGGAAGUGACAUCGUUAUGGAGUUCCGUCAUCCCGUUAGCGGUCGGCAAACGCUAGUAGAUCUACCGGCACGUUCCUUGCUGAUCCUGUCCGGUGAGAGCCGGUAUGCCUGGACACACGGUAUUACGUCACGCAAGCUGGACACGGUUCCUGCCUCGCACGGCGGUGGCCUGACCGUUCGCAAGCGGCAGCUUCGGGUGUCGUUAACAUUUCGCAAAUUGCGUCUCAGUGACCGGUGUGAUUGCAGCUUUCCCGCUUGCUGCGAUACGGCAAAGCGGGGAGCUUUUGAUCGACCGCCGUCAGCCUCGAUACCGGAGGCUCUGGCAGCGCGGGUAGAAGCGGAAAACGUCCAUCGAGUGUACGACCAAAUAGCGAAACAUUUCAGCGACACACGCCAUUCGCCGUGGCCCCGGGUGGAAGCAUUCAUUCGCACACUGGACACCGGUGCCAUCGUGCUCGAUGUGGGUUGCGGUAAUGGAAAGUACCUUGGCUCGAACCCGUCAGCACUUAUGUUGGGCUGUGACCGUAGCGACGGGCUGCUGCAAGUCUGCCGGGAGCGGGGUUUCAACGUGCUGCAGUGUGACUGUCUCGCCGUACCCUUCCGGGACAGUUCGGUCGACGCGUGUAUCAGCAUCGCCGUCAUUCAUCAUCUCGCCACGGAUUCGCGACGGCGGAAGGCGAUUGCCGAGAUGGUUCGCGUACUCUGCCCCGGCGGUCGGGCACUGAUCUACGUAUGGGCCAAAAACCAGGAAGCGAAUGCAAAAAAAUCAAGCUACUUACGGCAAAACAGACACAACAACAAGCCACCACCGUCGGAUGCUAGAGGCCCGGCCGACCCGAUUGCGGUGGUCCCCAUGGAAACGGUUGCUGGACUGCAGGAGUGCAGCUUGCCCGUGCACACCAACCGUACUCCGUUUCAACAUCGCGAUUUGCUGGUUCCGUGGAAACUUCGGCCGAACAUUAGUAACACGUCGAUGGGGAAGGACACUUUUCUGCGCUUUUAUCACGUGUUUGAGGAGCACGAGCUUGAAAAGGUGUGUCUCGACAGUGCUGCGGGGGGCAUCGAGAUAGUCGAAAGCUACUACGAUCAGGGCAACUGGUGUGUAAUCAUUGAGAAGACAGCAACAUGCACGUAG